AUUGUUAGAAGUCUCCGGUAAAUAUUAACCCAGAAAACGAUGCGAGCGUGGUAGUCGCCGAUGCCUAUCACGGAUUGAGGAUAUGUAAGAGGAGACAGGAAUUCACAUUGAAUAAAACAAGUGAUAAAGAGAUGCAUCACAAGAGGCAAACGGGGAGGAAACAGAUGCAUCACGCAUGAAAAUCAACUCUGCAAACCCUUUCUUCUCGUUUCUUACAUGCAUGCUUACAGUUUUUAAAGAGACUUUUGCUUUACAAACAAGCAAGAAGACAAAGAUUUGCUGCGUCUGGUUUCAGAGCAUUUAACCUCUUACUGGAGAAUGGAAAACGCCUUGAAUCAAGAGGGGUAUGUUCAUCUCUCUCUCGCUCAUUUUAUCUUCGAUCAAAGAGUAUGGAUGCAUGAUGUUGUAAACCGGAAUUGUAAUCGUGCUUAGUUUUGGGUAUUGUAUGAUUGACAUGUUGUAAACAACCAAUUUUCAAUAUUUUUGUUUUGGUAUUGAUUUUUACAUGUUCGUUGGUGUUGGUUUAUCAAUCAAAACUGAGGAAAUGAUUUGGUGAAGGAGACGUUUCAUUGUGUGGAUUGUAAAUUAACAGCCAAAGGAGGAAACUCAACCGAGCCAGCAAGGGAACAGGGAUAACUGUGGAGAAUGGCACGGAUGAUAGUAAUGAACAUAGAGAUGAUAGGGAGGCUGAGGUUAGAGACACAAAUGAUGGUGCCAUUAUAAGGUCUCGCGGCUCAUCUAAACAUGUCUCCAUGGCAAUCAAACAAGGGAAAAAGGGGAUCAAUCAAGACGACAUGACAGUCUGGGAGAACUUUGGUGGGGAAGAGGAUAUGAUAUUUUGCGGUGUAUUUGACGGCCACGGCCCAAUGGGUCACAAGAUCUCUCGUCGCGUAUGUGACAGUCUACCUUCAAGGGUCCAUUCGAGAAUCAAAUCUUCAAAAUCUGGCGGCAAUGAUAUUGUUAGUCGUCAGGAGGAGGGACUCUUCCGUGAACUCGAGAAAGUUCUAGUUACAUUCUUUAAGAGAAUAGACAGCGAACUUGGUCUUGACUCUCCUUAUGAUAGUUUUUGCAGCGGCACAACUGCUGUUACCGUCCUUAAACAAGGUGACUGCUUGGUGAUCGCCAACUUGGGAGAUUCACGAGCCCUUCUUGGCACCCGUGGAGGCAAGAACAGUCUCAAAGCUGUCCAACUCACGGUUGAUCUGAAACCCUGUGUUCAACGCGAAGCAGAGAGAAUAGUAUCAUGCAAAGGAAGGGUGUUUGCUAUGGAAGAGGAACCUGAUGUAUACAGAGUGUGGAUGCCUGAUGAUGAUUGCCCUGGACUUGCAAUGUCUAGGGCUUUUGGUGAUUUCUGCCUCAAAGACUAUGGACUUCUCUGCAUCCCUGAGGUCUUUUGCAGAAAAGUCAGUAGAGAUGACGAGUUUGUGGUUCUAGCCACCGAUGGGAUUUGGGAUGUGCUGUCAAACGAAGAAGUGGUGAAAAUUGUGGGUGCAUGUAAGGACCGGUCAAUAGCAGCAGAGACGCUGGUUCAGAGGGCCGCUCGGACAUGGAGAACGAAGUUUCCAGCUUCUAAAGCUGAUGACUGCGCCGUAGUGGUGCUUUACCUGAACCACCGGCCAUACCCAAGAGAAGGAAACGUGAGCCGAGCGGUAUCGACUCUUUCUUGGAGAUCAGGUAAGAGCAAUAACGAGUGCCAUUGAGUCUACCGCCAAAAGGGGGGGGGGUUGUUCAUAGUAGUAGGAUCAUUGUUGGUAUCACUUACUUAUUGUUUUGGGUAAAAAAAAUACAAAACGUUGAGUGUGUUGUCGAUGCUAGUCAACAUUGAAGCUUUUAUUUGUGUAUAAAAUAACUUUAGUUUUCUAUGCUUGUUUGAUGAAGCAACUGGAAAAAGAAGUAGACAAUACAAUGGACUCAUUUUAUUUAAUAUUUAAAGGGUGUGAUUUUUUUGGAUAAUAGUGAAUCUUGUUUUCAUGAAA